AUGUCCCUCUCAACGAUUCCACCCGAGCUUGGUGGCGAAAUCGCCCGCUUCAUGGACCAUGACGCACUCAACAAUCUUUCGAAAGUCUCCAAGUACUAUCGGAGUAUCGCAGAGCCAUUCCUUUACCGGAAUCUCGAGUUCAGAGGUCGGCAAGAUACCAACAUUCGCUGGCUAUUCUUAACAAUUGUGUCCCGACCCGGUCUUGCUGCGCAUAUCAGAUCUUUCAAAUUGAUCCUCAGAUGGAGCCAGGCGAAGGGCAAAGCAACCACUGUUGACUUAAACGAAAGCUUUUGCAAGUUAUACAAACAGCUCAAAGGUGUUUUGCUUGAGAUCCUCGGUGCAAAUGCGCCUCCAGAAAUGACCAGCACUUGGGUGUGUGAGAUUGCAAGACCCGACGGCCUCGAAGGUUGUUUGGCAUACAUCCUAUUCCGGGCAGUUUCAAUCCUAUCAAUUGACCUUGGAGAGCCGAUACUGCCCAAGUUUGGUCCACUCCUUGCUCAGAUCGCAUACUAUGCAUGCCAAAAGGGCAUAUUUAAAGCGUCGGUACCCUUCUCGAGACUGAAGAAUUUUCGGGGCCCCUUCCCAGGUGUAAGGAACAUACCGCAUCUCCCUUCACUCGACUUCCUCGAAAUCACACACUGGUCAUGGAAAUUGCAGGAUACUCUCAAUCGAGCGCCGGAUAUCCGUACGUUGGAUACAGCAGGUGGGACAAAGAUUCAGAGUCUGAAGUUACAAUUCGUCGACAUACAAAUUUCUACAUUAUGCAAGCUCCUGCAACACGAGCGCCUACGUCAUCUCACGGUAUUCUCUAUGAUUAACAUGUAUGACCUUGGAAACGACAUUUCUCAAUCUAUAAUAACCACGCUUCAAGACCACUGUCCUUACCUCACAACUCUGGAAUGGCUCUGCUGGGCUGAAGAAUUCGGCGAGGGGAAUUCGGAGCCAGUACAAGGACUUCAAGAACUUCAUUCCCUCACAAUUCUCCUUAUUGAUCUAAGUUUCAUGGUCAAUCAUCCGCCUCGUACUUCUGACUUCCUCAACCUCACCCGCAUUCUGCCGCCCAAUCUUGAAUCCUUAAAUCUCGCCAGUGUCCCUUGCUGGAAUUUUGUCGAUUGGGUUGAACCGUACGCCAACAAUGCAGUCAGCACGAAACACGCAAUGCAACAUAUGCGGUAUCUCAAAGCAUACAUCCCGUUGCGAAAGUUCUCUAUCAGUUUAGACCCGGUGUUGGAAGGCGACCGGGCAUUGUGGAUGCAACGAUUUUCUGGCAUCCGACACUUUUUGAUCACCAUGGCUCGCUCUUUCUUGGCGAUGGGAAUCAAACUCUCAAUUCUCGAGGAGGUGCUUGGGUCCUACAGCGAACUCAGAUCUGAGCUCUUAGUGGAUGCGGAGUCCACAGCAGACGACGAGAUCCAUUGA